CCAAUCGAGAAACACUUAAUCAUAUUUUCAAAAAUAACAUAAUAACAAAGAUUUAAAAAAAAUCCGAUAGAAAAAUAAAUUUACUUCGCGCAAAAAACAAAAAAAAAAAAAUAAAUAAAUAUACAAAUUUGAUUUUUUUUCUAUAAUUUUACAAAAAAAAAUAGUUGACGCGAUUAAUAUGAAAAUGUUUUUUUUUCAUCUUUUUUUUAUUAUUUAAAAAUUACUACGUCAAUUUUUCAAUAAAAAUUAUCACGUGAAGUGUGACAUUGUGAACAUUGAAGGAAUAAAUAAAUAAAUGAAGGUGAAGUAAAUUAAGAAAAAAUUUUGAAGUUAAAAAGAACGCAGGUGCAGAAUGUUAAACGCGCGCGCGCAAGAAUUACCCGCGAAUGCAAACUUGCAACAGCAACAAGCAGACGAUGAACAGUAUGCAACAAGAAGCCGGCCCGUUAGCUUCUACGAUAAUUAUAAGGAUGCACCGACAAUGGCACCUUGCGUGACUUCCGCGAUGAGUGACGGGAAUUUAAGUCAAGUUCGUGACGGGGAUGCACCGGAGACGGUCCAGGAAAAUAACAAUAGCAACAACAAUAACAACAAAAAUAAUAAUAACAAUAACGACUAUAGAAAUAGCCGUGUAGGCAAUGCCAUAAGCGCUGGCAAUAUUACAAAAAUUCAAACUUCAAAAGUCAAAGGAGCAGUUUCGACCGGCAAUAUCGGCAAAAUGUAUCGAUCAGAAAAAGAAAAGGAAUUAGGGAGAGCACCCUCAAUGGCAAAUUGCUUGUCAACGACAGUUCCAGUGAAUUUGGCAGCGGCUCAAAUCGCUGGAAGACACACACCAACGAGAAAUUCUCUUAGACACAGUCGAAUGAUUGUUCUCCAUCGAACUGGAAAUUUACCAAGAAAAGCGAAGCCAGCACUUCUCGGUCAUCCUUGUUUAGCAAAAUCAUUGGCGGGGAUGCAAAUGUUCAUCGGCAUAACUAUAACAUCUUUAUCAUUAUUUCUUCUUUUAUGGACGCCCAGUUUGCAAGAUAUCGACAAUCCAUAUUGGAGCGGUUUACCUCUCUUCAUCUCCGGCAGUUUUGGAAUAUGUCUAUUGUGCUGCUUCAAAAAAGAAUACCCAAGAAUGAGUCCUGGCUUUUGUCUGACCACAACAAAGAUAUUAAGUGCCUUUCUCUCAAUUGUGGCGGCCAUUGCUUGCAUAAUUGUUUGUAUUGCAACAAUAGUUCAUCUUGUACGACUCUCAGGACUUGAAUGCAGUUCGACAAGUCUCAUAAGUUCAGGAUCAUGUGUUUGUGGAACAAUUAUUAAUAAUUCAACGCUCACACGUGAGCCAAUACUUAAAUAUUACGAUCUCACAUGUUCCGAGGUCAAUAAUUUAUUUACAUAUCUUUUAAUUUUUUCUGCAUCGUGUAAUGCACUUGGAAUUAUUGUUGCCACAUGGUAUUCUUAUUUACAUUGGAAUUCACAAAAGCAAAAACCACAAUAUUUUCAAGUGAGAAGUAAUAUUAAUUCAGCAGGUAGUAGUUUGAAUUCUAGACAAAUUUAUAAUCCAAAUCAUAAUGGACGAUGACGUCCAUUAUGGCCGUCGAAAAUUCGACGGAAUUAUAUUUUAUUUGAGGCCUAUGUUGUUUAAGAAGUUGACGAACAAAAAAAAAAUUAAUACUUUUAUCAUUUUAUUCCAUAAAAAAAAAAUUUUUUUUUUUAUUUGAGGAAAAAUAAUUCAUUUUUUUAAAAUUAAUUUAUUUUGAAAAAUAUUUAAUUAUUACAAAAACUUUUAUUAUUAUUCAUUAAUUUAAAUAUAUUUUUUUUAAUUGAAAAUUUCUUGUUAAAUAGUUAGAUUGUCACUGGUUCACUAAAACGGGUUUUAAUUGCAAAAAGUAGCUUUUGUAUGGAAUAUGGAAUUAAAUUAAAAAUUAAUUUUAUUAGUAAUUUUUAAAAAAACAAAAAGUGAUAAAAGUUUUAAAAGAUUUUUUUUUACUCAUCAAUAUUAUAAUUCAAACAUCCGAAUGUUACAAUUUAGCAAGAACUUCAGUAUUUUUAAAUGUAAUGUAUGUCUGACAAAAUGAGAAUUCAUGUGCACGUGUAAAUUUUACAUAUAAUUAAAAAAAAAAUUAAUAUCCCUAGAAGUAAAUUUAAAUGUUUGCAGUUGAAUUUUUAACAGUCUGCAAAUUAAAAUUAAAAUUAUUUUUUGUAAAAUUUCAUUUUUACUAUUUUUGAUAUUUUUUUAUGACAAAAAAUAUGUAUAUCAAUUUUAUUAUAAAUUAUGCAAAUGUAAGAUUUCAGAAAUCAUGAAAAAACAGAAAAUUUCAUUAAAAAUUUAAUUUAACAUUAAAAUCAUUAUCAUUAAAAAUGAAAUUAUAAAUUUUUCUAAAAUUUAACAUAAAUUAAAUUAAAUAAAUUCUUUUAAAUUUUCAAUUUGAAAUUUUCAAUGAAACAUAUUCGCAUAUGAAAUAAAAAUUAUUUCAAGGGAUUCUUUACAGAAAUUCAACUGGAAAAAUAAAUCCAAAGAGAAUUUUUAAUUUCUGUAACAAAAUGCCUUUAAUUAUAAUAUAUAUAUAUAUAUAUUUGUAUUUAUUAAACGCUUUUACAAAGUUAUAAUGUAUUACGAUAAUAAUCAUCAAAGAAUAAUACGAGUGUACCUUAAUUAAUACUUAGUUAAAUAUAUCGAUAUUUAGAGAAUAAUGCUCACUAGCCUGUACAUAUUAUAAAAAAACGAACGAUUGAUAUUAAUAUACUUUUAUUUUAAUAAAUAAUACUUUCAAAAAUAUUGUAACAUUUUUUUUUUUUAUAAAAAAUUCCUUUAAAAGGACAAAAAUUGACAAAAAGUUAAUUCCCCAAAAAACUAUAUUUUAAUCCCUAUUUUUUUGUUUAAAUAUUUUUUAUUACGAGAUAAAACGCACCUAUUAAAAAUUUUGAAUUUAUAAUUUAAAAAAAAAAAUAAAUAAAUUUCAGUCAAUUGGAAUGGAAUGUUUCACAAAAAUUGAUUUUACAAUGAAAUAAUUGCAUAUAUUUCUAUAAUAAUUUAUAACAAUAAAAUUUUAAAAUAUCAAUUUUUUUCAAAGAAAAAAAUAGUUUUUUCAUUUUAAUAUAUUUUUAAAAAUAUCGAAACAAUCAAAACAAAUUUAAAUUUAUAUAUAAUAUAAACGAGAUUAUUUUUAAUUUCAACGAAAACAACAUAAAAUGCUUUCCACGAGGAUAAGCAAAUAUUAAAAAUUAUUUACCAAAUUCUUUUUUUUUUUUGGUUUCUCAGUCGAUUACAAUUAAAAUUUAAUUACACUUAAAAUAAUAGUAAUGAUAAUAAUAAUAAAAACAGUUACUUAAUCCUCUCGUAGACAAUUGAAUUGAGUAAAUAUUGAAAACGCUUUUUAAGGCAAGUAAAAGGCUCGUUAUAAUUUUUUUUUAUAAACAUUAAGCAUCCAUUAAAUUAACAGCAGAUGGAAUCAAGUUGCAUUGAUA